UGAAAAUGAAAAAAGUGUAAAGAAUCCAUGGUUGAGUGGAUGAAGUUUUAUUUAACUAUUAUUUAUGUAAGCAAGCAAUAUUAAUGUCAAACAAAUUCAAUGUUUACUUGUAAAAGCAGUAUUUAUCUAUAAUUUACCAUGACUGUAAUACUAAAAUACCCUAUAGAGGCAGUGCAUUUGUUGCUAUGCUAAAGCUUAUGACAGGCUCCACCUCAUUCAAAGACCCUAAAAACAGUAUGAAUAUAUAAAUACAGUGAAUUGCUGUAUAUUGAUGGUGUUGAUUUAUGCUGUGUCUGCUGUGUUUUUAUUUCUGUUGACAAUUUAUGUUCUUUAGUGUUUAGCCUGUAAGUUUGUCUGUAUGAUUUUAUUAUAGAAAUGGAUAACUUUCAAGUUAAUAUUAGUUCAAAAACUGUAUCAACAGAUGCUCCUAUCUUUGUGAAGUUGAUGGUAAUGCAGGCACUGGUGGGGAUUUUUCUUUAUGUCAACUCUCUGAUGAUAUUUACCUUUCUGAAAAAGGAGGUGUUCAGAGAGGACACUCGCUAUAUAUUAUUUGCACAGACGCUAUUUGUUGACUCUGCUAUCAUGGUUUUAACUGAUGUGAUGUUAAUUCUAAGCAUUUAUCAGUCUCGAAUUCAAAUGAUUUCUUGUAUAUUUCUGUGUAUAGUUGUGACAACUCUGCGAACUUGCACUCCUUUGACUCUUGUGGCGAUGUGUUUGGAGCGCUAUGUUGCUAUAUGCAUGCCUUUAAGACAUGCAAGCAUCUCUACCAGCAGCAGGAUCAGAUUCUUUGGGUUUUUUAUCAUCUGGAGUAUCAGUUCCAUCACCUCUGUGUUCACUUUUUUAGCUUACAUCUCUGUGGUCCGUCCUGGUGCUUUGUUUUCAUAUGUUGUUUGUUCUAUAGAGGUGAUGUUAGAGAAAGAGUGGCAGGCUCAAGCACGUGCUAUCAUUCUGCUGAUCUUUUUUCUGAUGAUGAUUGUCAUUAUUCUCUUUACCUACAUCAAGAUGAUGAUCGCAGCCGGAGCUGCCUCCUCUGAGAAAAAGAAAUCAACCAGCAAGGGUCUCAGAACUGUGCUCCUUCAUGCCGUUCAGAUGAUUUUGUGCAUGGUUCAGUAUUUAUCUCUUUAUUUGGAAAUGCUAUUCUGGUCAUUUGAUGCGAAGGUGCUUAAUAAUAUAAGAUACUCUAAUUUUAUCAUUUUCACUAUUGUGCCACGAUGUCUCAGUCCACUGAUUUAUGGUCUUAGGGAUGAAAAGUUUUUUGCUGUCUUAAGACAUUAUGCUGUGUGUGGGUUGUUGGGAUUUUCACAACUUCAGUCAGUGAACAGAAAAUAAGUCCAUGCAGUAACAUCUUUCAUUAACAGCUUUGUGUCACAGUGUAUUUAAUGUGCUUUUUCAUU